GUAAUGUAUUAAUGUUUAAGCUAUAAUAAUAAUCUGUUUUUGAUGAGAAGAUGAAAUUGACAGUUACAUAUUUUAAAGCACAUUAUAUUCUUCAUCAUUUUUUUUUUUUAGUUGAGACUUCGACAAAUGAGGUCAUUAGCCAGUGGAACUGUGGGGAAGGUCUGUAGGUUUUGAACACGUGUGUGUUUGUUGUGGCAGAUUUUUUUAAUUGGGCACCCGUAGGUAUCUGCCAUGCCCGGGUGGGGGAUGGCAGCCUCUCUCUUCGGAUACCGUGACUGCCCGAAGAAAAAUGCCAGCCAUGGCUGAGUUCGAACCAGCGAUGGAGCGAGUCGCCACCGACACCUUAGUCCGCUCGGCCACUCCGUCCCCCUUCACAAUCAUUAUAUGAGAGUAGUACGGGGAAACGUGAUUUUAGUCUGAUCGUGAGCUGCAGAUGGAACUUCGGCGAUGGCGGAAGCAACCGCGGCAGCAGCGGGUCGACGAUCGGACGGCGACGACGACAAUACGGGCGGUGGUGACGGUAACAACAGUGGACCACCGGUGUUGACCAUUCACAUGACGUCCGAUAACGAUGGCAAUUCCGCGGUGGUGUCAUCGGGCUGCAGUGGUUUCCCAAGUCCCGUGCCCGGCGCUAAAACGGUUCGUGUGCCCGCCAUUGCCGUCACCACCGCCACUGCCGCCAAGGGGAUACUGGUGCACAACAACAAGAAAUCGGCCAACACGAACCGUGUGAGUUUCGUUACGAAUUCGUCGUCGUCGCCGACGGCCGAGCGGUCCAAGAAAAAGCACAACCAGCCUCGGAGAUCGGACGACGAGGGCGACGCGGUGCCUUACCACGCCCGGACUGGUAGAAGGCUGACGGGUUUCGGCGUCAAGAGUUACUUGCACGAGUUCUAUGACGAUCCCGAUGGCAACGAAUCGUUUCAGGACUGCGGCGGCGGCGAUGACGACUUCAAAUACUUUGUGGAACCGGAAGUCCGUUGGUAUCGCCACUGCUACGGCGUGUAUGCGGUACUCGGGCUGGCCGUCAUGGCCGUGGGAGCAAUGGCGAUGGCCGCCGGUCACCUGAUACCGGCCAAGGACCCGGUGGUCGGCCGGUCCGUCCACAUGGAGGUGAUCGACCGGAGGGCCGUCUCGUUCAACGACCACUUGGCCUCGUGCCGUUACGUCGGUUCGGUGGUGUUCGCCGUCGGGUUCGUGUUCACCGUCGUCCGAUUCUGGGCGUCCGUGAUAAGGGGCGGCCGUGGCGUCAGUGGCAAUGGCGAAGACCAUCAGGUGGCCGAGAAGCUGCGGCCCGGCGAAGAGCGACCGUCUCCGACGAAGGUGCAGCGGGUGCAAACCGUCCGAAUACCCAUCACGGGCACGCUGGAGAACGUACAGCCAGACCCGACGGCUAUAAAACUGCAGUUCGCCGACAGCAGUUGAAAGACUAUAAUAUUAUUAUACAAUUUUAAGACGCAAUGUUAUUGAAUAAAUUAUUAUUAUAUGAUAUUAAUAUUAUGCUAUAUCACACAUUAAGUACUUCCUGUCGUUGUUAUGACUUAUAUUUUUUUUUAUUAUUUUGACGAAUUGACGAUUGUUAUAGUAGAGUAUAAUAUAAUAUUUUAUGUACUUUAUAAAAGCUUAAGCUACGAUGAUGUGAUUUUGCGCCCAAAAAAACCUUGAAAUAUUCAACCUGAUACACUCUUAAAACCCAUAAGAUUUGGAAAAAAAGAAAGAAAUUAUGCCUAUCAUUAUAAUAAUUGAGAUCGAUGAUUAGUUGUUGUUUCAAUCCACUAUCAGCACGUUUCGCGGAGUUUUCGUCAUGUGUCUCCUCUCACAGAGUAGGUACGGUUUAAACAAUUAGGUGCAAAUUUGAGGGGCUGCAAAUUUUUUUAAGUGAACCCGAAGGGGCUAUCCUCUUGUUUAAAUUGUAUUCUUAAAAUACCGAACAUAAUUUCAAUAUGUAAUUUAUUAAACGAUAAUAGAAACAAAAUAAAUUUAGAGGUCUAAAGUUAUAAGUUAUAACAUUACUUAUGUAUUCAUAAUAUUAUGUACCGUUUCCGUCGAGUUGCCGGUUUGAUAGGGAAUAUACUUUAUUAUUGCUACUAUUCAUAUUUCCAGAAUCUCAUCGAUAAUUUAUAUUUUAUAAACGACCAACAUCGUAUCAGAGGCGUACACAUAUUUUAGGAACAUUAUAUUUUAUACUAAUGGUUUGGAAUAAUUAAGGACGCUAAUUUAAUUCCAAUAAAAACUUUAAAUCUCGAAAAAAUGCAGUAUAAAACGCAAUAGAAAUCCCGAAAAAUUCAUUAAAAAUUCCUUUAAAUUCAUUAAUAAUCUUGGAAAAUUU